UUAAACGAAAGUAAACAUUUCCUCGAAGUGUUCGUAUGUGGGUGACUCAUUUUCUCUAGCUGGUGAACAUGCCGAUGUCUGACAGUGAAAAGAAAGGGUGCAUUGAUCUGUUAGAGGUUCUGAGUGAUUGUGAUUUGUAUUCUCUCGCAGACACAGUGACAAAUAAAAAAAUUCCUGUUGGGGGGAAUAGAAGAGAGGCAUUGAAAACUAUCGUAACUUUCUCUACUUCUGCACAGGAGCUCUUGAGUCGACAAAAAAUCAACAAGGAUGUUCUUUUUAAAUACUUAGUGAAAUAUAAUGUUACUCCCUCAGUCAACACCAAAAAGCCAGAACUAAUUGAUGAAGUCUUGUUGCUAUGGAUGAAACAAUCACAGAAACGGUCACAGGUUAAGGUUUACACUCCACAAGCCUCCCCCUCUUCUAGUCGUCUGUCUUCCAGGGAUCUGGCCAGUGGUAGCCACACAUUCAACGCUGUAAAGUUGGAGUCGCAUUCAGUGGUAAAUUACAGUCCCACCAUCAACUUCACCAUCAACAACCAGUAUAACACAGUAAAUGUGAAUCCAGUGGCGGGUGGGGCCUCUCAUGAACAAGACCUGCAUAAACUGGGACUGACCUUCAUAAAGUGGUUCUAUGAUUCACUGAAUUCCCAUAAUCCCAGUAGAGGAGUUACCCCAAAAGAUUUCGGUCCACAGCAUUUCUAUGGGGACGCUAAGCUGAUGGUUCUUCUUCCGGGGCCACCAGAGACCAGGGAAAAUUGUACUGGCCAGCAAGCUGUGUCCGAAAAGUUCCUGCACUUUGUAAGCAGGGAAAAUCUAUUGUUUAAUCCCAACUGUGACCACGGUGGAGUGAUGGUGAAGGAUGAUCCACAUGGAUUAGUGGUGGUGAUGGUAUGUGGAACAAUCCACAAGGAUAAUCAGUGCCUGGGUGUGUUUGAUCAAAUGUUUGGACUGAUCAAGGAUCCCCAGUUCCACAAUAAUUAUAAGAUCAAGAUUUCAAAAAUGAAACUGACGGCUACCGCUGUGUCAAACUUGCCAAGGUUGACAGACAAAUCUCAAGCUGAAAUUUCAGAUCUGGCAGCAGUGUAGCAACUUGCGCUGUACUUUAAUGAUCACCUGUUUAUACCUGAAAAGUUUUGCUUUGUUAUUUUUAUUGCCACAAUGAUUCAUGCUUCAAAUUUUCCUCAUUAUACAUGUAGAUAAAAUUUGUUUUAAUAGCAUCAUUAUUCUUUAUUGCUUAAAGAUAUUACAUGCAUUUAGCUGUGUAUUUCCCAUGUAGAUUUAUACAUUGAAUGGUAUGGAAAAGAUCAUUGUAAUAAAGAGAUAUUGUUUUAAUA